AUGAACCGUGCCCCAUCUGCGAGGGUUUGGGAGGGUGAGGAGGGCGCCGGCGGCUUCGAUCACGGCCGCGGCUCCGGCGCGCGCCUGCCUGGCGCCCGCCGGGAUGCCCCCACCCUCCUCCGUGCUCACACAGUCCCCGACCCGUUAGACAUCCGUGCGUUUGGCCAGUACAGGGGCGGAGCUCGGGGCCCAGGUGCCCGGCCGGGGCCUCAUGCAGGCCUGAGUGCAGGGGGCCACACAGGAGCGCCCCCGACCUGGCCCCUGAGACGGAUGGCCUCCCCACCGCCCGCGGGAUUCCUGCCCAAACUGGGUCCGACUCCUCAUCACACCCUUCAAACCGCCCGGGCCUCACGGGCCCACGGGGCAGCGAGGGGUCCCGGAGGGGCUCCUGCCCGCGGGGACGCCAGCAGAAAGCUGCUGCUAUUUGGGCAGGUCUGCGGCUCGGCCAGCGACAGACCUGUCAGCUGCCUCCCGGGGAGGAGUGGGCCGCGGGGCAGGGGUGCAGCGCCUUCCGCGGGCCGCCGGGCCGGCCUGACCCCCGCCGCGGCCAGACCUGGUCUGAGCAGUGGCAGCGGGGACGGGGCGGCCGCGGGGCAGGGGUGCCGCCCGCAGCAGGGGCCGCGCUGCGUGUCUCCUGCCAGUGGCUCUGGCCCCGGGCCACGUGAGCAGACGCUGAGCCACAUUUCCACCGCGCCGCGGAGAGCAGGCCACCGCGAGGCUGGAGCCGGGGCGUCCGGCCGCAAGGCUGUGGGCUCAGAAUUUCCAGGCUGGGAAGCGGGUCCUGAGGGGGAGGGAGGCCUCCCCGGUCCGCGGGGUGCCGGCCUCGCUGGGCCGGGGCGGGCAGCUGGGGUCCGCCUGGGCGGGGGGACGGGGCCGGAACCCAGUGCGCCUCCCACGUGCCCUCACCGGGCGGCCCCUCCCCACCGGGGCUGGUCUGGGGCCCCCGCCCUGGGGGUGGCUCCUCCCGUGCUGCCCCCACGUCUGAAAGCGGCCCCUCAGCUGGCAUCCUUUCUGUUGAACCUGCCACCGUGGCCAGACAGGGCAGGCCUGGACACCACCCCACAGACCCCAGAAGGGCCACGUGCCGUCGUGGGGGAGGGGUGGAUGGAGGCCAGGAGGACCGGCCUGGGGAGGUGUCUUUGUCCCCCGGGAGCCCCGCCCUCUGUGCUCAAAGCUCAGGCACUGUGUCUCCCCAACGACCAGGAGCCCCAGCUCUCCCUUCCCCCCAGGGGCCCCCCGCAAGCAGUGCUGGGGCCACAGCAAGUGGACACAUCUCAGGACAGCAGGGCCCAGCUACCCCAGCAGAACGAUGAGGGGCCCAGGCAGGGCUGGUGGAGGGACCGUCACCCGCCCCGGGUCCGCGGAAUCAGUGGCCCGGCCUCCCCAGCCGCCAGCCCUCCCCAGGGCUCUCCCUGUCGACGGGACCCGUGGCGGGUGUGGCUGCUGGGCACCUGCGGGGCCAGUAGGGCUGCGGACGGGGAGCGCUGGGCCGGGGCUCCUGGACAGCGGGAGGCGUCCAGGCCUUUGGAGGCGACAGGCUGUGCCUCCCCCUCCGCGCCUGCCCCUCCUCCUCUAACCCAGGCUGCGAACGGGGCAGACGAGGGGCAGGCGCCGCCGGAUCCGGCGCGCCCCUCCCCCGGUGCCCAGGCCUUCUGUGGGUCUCGGAGCCCCUCCCGAGGCCUAGCUCUGCUGGACGGGCCCCCAGAGAGGGCGCGGGAGGCGGCGGCGCCCGCAGCCCCGGAAGAGGCCCUCCAGGCCAGGUGCUGGCGGGCGAGCGGUGAGGGCCCUCCUGCUCCCCGCGGGGUCCUUCCCGGGUGCCCACCCGUCAGCGUCAUCUACACUCCCAGCCGAGACCCAGAGCAGACGUGGACGCGCAGCCUCAAGCCGCCCCACGUCCUGCUGGGGGGACCCCACCCUGGGCAGCCUUGCCGCGGGUGGGCGCGCAGGAAGCACGGCUGCUUCCCAGCUCGGCGCUGGCCACCACUGGAGCCCACCUCUGAUGGGCGGGUCACACUGGGACUGGGGGCUGCUCACACACCCGGGGCACUCGACUCCUUUCGACACGCCAGGCUCGGGCCCCGGGGCGCAAUGACCCCGGAACCGGGGUGUCCCUGCUGGGACCUGGAGAACCCUGAGAGGCGUGGGCAGCAGAGCCCCAACGGCAGCUCAAACGCCCCCGACAUGUCCACAGACCCUGCAGCCCACGUCUUCUAG